UUGCAUCAUCCUUUUUCAGACACACUACUAUCUGAAGCUAUUACGGGAGCAUAUGGUCGAAGACAUUUCUUAGGAUACCCCCGAAGAGGCCUCUUUGGAGGAGGUCGUAACCGAUUUGGUGGCCAACGAGGAGGCUUUGGCAGAGGCAUGUACGGAGGACGCUCGUUAGGACAUUUUGGAGGUUUUCGUGGAAGGAAUGUCUUUUCAAGAAAUUAUGCCGGACGUCCUGGUGGUGGUUAUCUUGGAGCUACCAGAAACCCUUACCGGCCCAGUUAUGCAAACUACAACGCAGGUUUCAACCGCUAUUCUGUAACACGUUACGGUGGUGUGCGUUCCCCAGCGGGUUUCGCAGGCCGUCGUCCUGCGAGUGGUUACGGUAGAAGCCGUUUUCCCGGAGUUGGCUAUGGAGGUGCUCGGCCUACGGUGGGCUACGGUGGAAGUCAUCACCCUGCAGCAGGAUUUGGAGGAAAUCGUUAUGCUGGCCGUAAUCCUGUCGGCUUCGGUACGGGUCGAGGCAAAUUUCCGACAGCAGGGUCCGGACGAAAUCGCUACUCUCAAUUGGGCUAUCCCGGAAGCCGUCAGCUAGGAAUGGGUGUGAAUGGACGUGGAAAUCACCCUGGGAUGACCCCCGGUAAUAGCCGUUUUCCAUAUGGACGCAAUGGCCUUGAUCAAAGAAGCUCUAUGGGUUGGAACAAUCGCGGGAAGUAUGGAAUGAAGUGA